AUGACAGGUUUAUACCUCAGAUCCACUUUCAGCUCUCUAAGGGAGUACUUGACGCCAAUCAGCCACAAGUCUACGUUUACAGAUACGGGAGAGAUUACUCCUGAGGAGUUUGUUGCCGCAGGCGACUAUCUUGUUUACAAGUUCCCCACAUGGCAAUGGUCGCCUGCUCCAUCGUCCAAGAAGCGCGACUUUCUCCCAGACAACAAACAGUUUUUGGUGACGCGGCAUGUUCCCUCUUAUGUCAGGGCAGCAGACUACGAGCAUACGGAGAGAGAGACGGAAAUGAUGGAUGAAGAAGACGGAUGGACUAGUACCAAUGUGGAGAGUGUGGCUCCACAACGGUGCGACACAGAGGCCGAGCGGCGACAUUCAAUCAAGUACAUUGAGAUGACCGAGAGCGGUGCGUCCUCACCAGAGGAAAGGGUUGCACAGCAUGAAGGUUCUGGAAAGCACGAAAUAAACGACAUUGACGAACUUAUCGACGAGACAGCAGAGGAAAGCGACUUUGCUAACGAUGCAGGGCAGGGCGGCAUCGUCAACAAUCCAAAGAAACGCAACUACGAUCUGUACAUCACCUACUCGACGUCGUACCGGGUCCCUAAAAUGUAUUUGGUUGGCUUCAACUCGAAUGGUGUGCCAUUAUCGCCAAACGAGAUGUUUGAAGACAUUGCCAGCGACUACAGACAGAAGACUGUGACGAUCGAGAAAGCGCCGUUCUUAUCCAACACCACUUCCGUGUCAAUUCAUCCUUGUCGUCACGCUAACGUGAUGAGGGUUUUGAUGAAGCGUGCUGCACAUGCUGCGCAGGCGAAAAAAAUACGGGACAAGGAUCUCGUGACGGGGGUGGCCAAGCUUGGUCUUGCAGAUGGCAAAAACGCCGACGAAGAAGAUGACUGGGAAAACGUCGAUCAAGGAGAGGAAGGCAUCAUUCGCGUGGAUCAGUACUUGGUGAUUUUCCUGAAGUUCAUUGCUAGUGUAACACCUGGAAUCGAGUACGAUUAUACCAUGGAUGCAUUUUGA